AUGAAGCUCUCAUUCUCCCUCCCCAACAAGACUGCAAAGCCAGUCGGUGCGGCACCACCUCUCAAGAAAUCAGCAGCGUUUGCAUCCUUUGGUGACGACGACCAUGUCGACGCUGCUCCUACUCUGUUCGACAACAAGACUGCAGCAGCGAACAAGAAGCUAUUAGCUCAGAAUGUUGAAUCUUCGAAGGCCGCCAGGAAACGCAUGGAGCAGGAGAUGAAGGUUGAUGCUACGGUGUAUCAGUAUGAUGAAGUUUGGGAUAGAAUGCAAGAUGUUAAGCUCAAGCAGAAGGAGGCGAAAGAAGUUGAUGCCAAACGACGAAAGCCCAAGUACAUCGAAGGCCUUCUAACUUCAGCUGCCACACGACGCCUGGAUCAUUUGCGUGCAGAAGAGAAGAUGAUGCAACGAGAAAGGGAGGCCGAAGGAGACGAAUUCGCCGACAAAGAGGCCUUCGUCACUCAGGCAUACAAGGAUCAAAUGGCUGAGGUUCGGAGAGCGGAGGAGGAAGAGAAACAGAGAGACGAGGCGGAGAAAAAGAAACGGAAGGGAGCGCCGACUGGCAUGGCUCAUUUCUACCGUAAACUCCUGGAAGACUCAGAACAACAGCACGAAGAGGCAGUGGCAGCAACGGAGACCAAACGCGUUGUUGGUCCACAAGGGCCCGCUCCAAAUCUAACUAUCACGAAGCCUCCCGAAUUGAAGCCGAAAUCAGACCUCGAGCUUGCACAAUUUGCUAGAGAGCAGGGCAAAGACGUCGAGCUCAACGAUGACAACCAAAUCGUUGACAAGCGUGAAUUGCUCUCUGCUGGCUUAAACUUAUCUGCUCCCAACACCCGACGACUUGGGCUACAGAUCCCGAAGCAAACUACCGGCACGAGUGAGGUUCAAGCUCACCAGGCGGUAGGAACAGCAGCAAGCCGGAGAGAAAUCAAUGAACGCCGCGCACGGGAAAUCAGGCAACAGCUGGAAGAGGAACGUGAACGAGCGGCGAAGCAGAAAGAGGCAAAUGAGGAAGAAGCAAGACAGCGAACAAUAUUGAAGCGGAACACGCAAGAGGACGUGCAGGAUAUUCGUGCACGUUACCUAGAAAGAAAAAGACGGAAACUAGAGGAAGUGCCAGUGGCUAGCGGAGGUGACGAUCUGGUAUCAUAA